ACCAUCCAGUCUCAGCCUUCUGCUACCUUCAACCCCUCCCAUCUAUCUCUGAAGACCAUCCAGUCUCAGCCUUCUGCUACCUUCAACCCCUCCCAUCUAUCUCUGAAGACCAUCCAGUCUCAGCCUUCUGCUACCUUCAACCCCUCCCAUCUAUCUCUGAAGACCAUCCAGCAGUUAUUGGCCCCCGGAUAUCAGGAGAUAUGGUACAGUCCCAGUGGUUCCCGCCAGACCUCCAAUCCACCCAGCACUGGCCACUGUUUCUACCAUGGUGACGUCCGUGGUGUGGAGGGGUCCAGUGCAGCACUCAGCACCUGCUCAGGUCUCAGGGGACUGAUUACGGUGAACACCAGCGUCAGUUAUCUGAUAGAACCCCUGCCUGCUGUCACCAUGGAUACACAGCCUCCUCACGCUGUGUUCCGAGCCGAGAACCUCCGUCUGCCUAACGGAACUUGCGGGCAUCGCCAUAGCAACCAGGGCCAGGGGGAGGGUCUGGAUGACCUCAUCCAGGGAAUGAUGACGGCGCAGGGCGGAAGGGAGCGUAGAGACGUGGGCCAGAGUAUGAAGUAUGUAGAGCUGCUGCUGGUAGCUGACCAUGCUGAGUUUCAGAAGCACGGCGGGGACUUAAAUAGGACGAAGACGAAACUGCUGGAGGCAGCUAACUACGUAGACAAGUACUACAAGUCUCUAAGUAUUCGUGUGGCAGUGAUCGGUCUGGAGGUGUGGUCUGAUCAGGACAGGAUCAGUGUGUCUGGUAACCCCUACAGUACCUUGGGAGCGUUCCUGGCCUGGAGACGCAAACAGCUACACACACUACCUAACGACAACGCUCAACUCAUCACGGGCGUGGCAUUUCAGGGCACCACCAUUGGGCUGGCCCCUCUCAGAGCCAUGUGUUCAGAGUACCAGUCAGGGGGAAUCAACUCAGACCACUCUGACAGUGCUGUGGGCGUGGCAGCGACCAUGGCUCACGAGAUGGGGCAUAACUUUGGCAUGAGCCAUGACAGCCCUGGGUGCUGCCAGGCCAAGGCUGAUGAUGGCGGCUGCAUCAUGGCUGCUGCCACUGGCCACCCGUUCCCGCGUGUGUUUAAUGGCUGUAACCAGCGGGAGCUGAGCAGGUACCUGAGCUCCGGAGGGGGAAAGUGUCUGUUCAACCUCCCCAACACCAGAGCCAUGUACGGGGGACAGCGCUGUGGGAACGGCUACCUGGAGGAUGGAGAGGAGUGUGACUGUGGAGACGAGAAGGAGUGUUCCAGUCCCUGCUGUAAUGCCAACAAUUGUACUCUGAAGGCUGGAGCAGAAUGUGCCCACGGAGUCUGCUGUGACAACUGUAAGUUGAAGAGUCCAGGUGUGUUGUGUCGUACUCCAUCAGGGUCAUGUGAUCUACCCGAGUACUGUGAUGGGAAGGCGGAGUCUUGUCCUUCUAACUUAUACCUGGUGGAUGGUACUUCCUGUGAUGGGGGGCGGGCCUACUGCUACACCGGCAUGUGUCUCACCCUGGAGCAGCAGUGUCAAUCACUCUGGGGGCGGGAUGGCCGUCCUGCUCUAGACCUGUGCUUUAAGAAGGUGAACGAGGCAGGAGACACCUUUGGGAACUGUGGCAAAGACCUGUUGGGGAAAUACAAAGGAUGCAGGGACAGGGAUGCUAGAUGUGGUAAGAUCCAGUGUGUGAGUUCAGCCUCCAAGCCCCUGGAGACUAACGCUGUUCCCAUCGACACCACGGUCCGGGUGGGAGGCAAGAAGGUCCUCUGUAGGGGGACACACGUUUACCGACCAGGCCAAGGGGACGAGGAACAGGGGGACACACUGGACCCAGGACUGGUCAUGACCGGGACCAAGUGUGGAGAGGACUCGAUCUGUUUCGGUGGAGAGUGCCGCAACGCGUCUUUCCUGAGGGCGGAUGAGUGCAAUGCCAAGUGCCAUGGCCAUGGGUUGUGUAACAACAACCACCACUGCCACUGUGACUCAGGCUGGGCUCCUCCCCUGUGUGACCAGGAGGGGACAGGAGGGAGUGUCGACAGUGGACCUGUCAUCAACCACAGCAGUCUACUUCCUGUCCUGUUGCUCCUCCCCAUGGUUCUCUUUGUCCUAUUGGCUGCUGUGGGACUGUGGUGCUGCUACAGCCAUAAACUCCAUAAAAACCUUCCUCUGAAGACCUCGGUCCCACCACCCAAGACAAUUUGUCCAGUCAGUUGGCCAGUCCCUGCUGAAGCCAAACAUCUACAAGCCAACAGUCUUGAAAACGGUCACCUUGUGAACAGUCUUGCCAACUGUCACCUUGUCAACAAUCAUGCCAACAGUCACCUUGACAACAGCCAUGCCAACGGCCAUGCCAACCCUGCCUUCCUACUGAAGAGACAGGGCUCAAACAGACUGCGUCAGUCCAGUCCUCGCCCCAGCCCCUCCACCAGGACCAGGCACGCUAUCUUCCAUCCGACUGUGAAACCCCCUCCUAUACCUGCUUACGCAGCCCAGCAGAGACAGGCUGUAUCCCAGCCCCAGCCUCAAUCCCAGCCCCAGUCUCAAUCCCAGCCCCAGCCUCAAGCCCAGGCUCAAUCCCAGCCCCAGCCUCAAGCCCAGGCUCAAUCCCAGCCCCAAUCUCAG